UUUAUUGAAGUAACGAAAUAACGAAACUAAAAAUAAUCAAAACGGUUCAUCCCUCUUCUGCCACCGCCGCACACAAAACCUCACAAUCACUUUCUAACCGGUGACGGCGAAAAGCUCAAUUUUCUCCGGCGAGUGAACGUUUUCUGUUCCGUGCUCCAUAAUCGCCGCCAUGAUUGUCGCAAUUUCAUGGAUUCCGAAAGGUGUUUCGAAAGCCGAACCGGUUUUCGCCGAACCUCCUUCCAGAGAAGAUAUUGAAGAAAUCAUCUCCAACACUCUUGCAAAUGUUGGAGAAGAAGAUGAGAAUGAAGAAGAUGAUGCUAACAAAAAGAAUGAUGAAGUUGCACAUGCUUUAACUGUUGCUGAUGCAAUUGGUAAACCGUCGAAUGAAAACGGUGAUGAUAUUACCCUUGCAUUGAAGGAUCUCAAUAUGGAUAAUUAUGACGAAGAGGAUGAAGAAGGAUUUGAGUUAUUCAGUUCUGGGAUGGGUGAUCUUUAUUAUCCGAGUAAUGAAUUGGAUCCAUAUAUCCAAAAUAAUAAUGAGAAUUCUGAUUCUGAAGAUCUUGAAAACAUGAUUUAUCCAACUGAUUCAGUUGUUGUUUGUGCGCGUACUGAGGACGAUCUCAAUUUUCUUCAAGUUUUUAUACUUGAGGAUGCCAAUACCCGCGAUAUGAACUUGUAUACUCACCAUGAUAUUAUUAUUCCGGAAUUUCCACUCUGUACGGCUUGGCUUGAUUGCCCCCUUAAAGGAGGAGAAAAAGGUAACUUCUUGGCGGUUGGUUCAAUGGGUCCAUCCAUUGAAAUUUGGGACCUUGAUGUUAUUGAUGAGGUAGAGCCAUGUGUGGUGUUGGGUGGCAAAGAGAAAAGGAAAAAGGGGAAAAAUGGGAAAAAGAAAUCAGCAAAAUACAAAGAGGACAGUCACACCGACUCAGUACUUGGUCUUGCUUGGAACAAGAAAUACAGCAACACACUUGCAAGUGCCAGUGCUGACAAGCGAGUGAAGAUUUGGGAUGUCGUUGCUGGAAAGUGUACUAUUACAAUGGAUCAUCACUCUGACAAGGUUCAGGCAGUUGCUUGGAAUCAUCAUGCACAACAUAUCCUUCUUAGUGGUUCAUUUGAUCAUACUGUUGCCUUGAAGGAUGUAAGGACGCCGUCACAUUCUGGCUAUACGUGGUCGGUCAGCGCUGAUGUAGAGGGCUUGGCAUGGGAUCCACACACUGAGCACUCUUAUGUGGUGAGUCUUGAAGAUGGAACGGUCAAGAGUUUUGAUGUUCGGACAGCCGUGUCCAAUGCCUCAGCUGAGCAGAAUGCUACUUUUACACUUCAUGCACAUGAUAAAUCUGUUACCUCCGUAUCCUAUAAUGUGUCAGCACCUAAUCUUCUUGCUACGGGAUCCAUGGAUAAAACGGUAAAACUAUGGGAUUUGUCUAACAACCAACCAUCUUGUGUUGCAUCUAAAACUCCAGAAGCUGGGGCUGUCUUUUCUAUCUCUUUCUCCGAGGACAACCCGUUUUUGUUGGCUAUAGGAGGCUCAAACGGAAAAUUACAAUUAUGGGACACCUUAUCUGAUGAAGGUAUCUCUCGAAGAUACGAGCAAUACAACAGGAAUCAACCUCAAUCUGGGGCCUGAUAUAAUAUUUGAGUUAUAGUGAUCCUUUCAUCCCCUGCCCCAUGAGGGCAAUGUUUGGACUUAUAACUACUCAACUGCAAACAAUUGUGGUGCAUGUUCGAAUGUUUUGGAUAUCACUGUAAAAUGUUAUACUUAAGAUUGAGAUAUUUGGUUUCUUUUUCUAUAUAACAAAGCUUCAAUGCUUUUGGUAGUUUAGGAGUAUUUAAUUUUUUGGAAGGAUAUAUUAUUUAGGAUGGAUUGAUAAUGUGAUUACCAUUAUCUAAAUUUUGGAAGGAUAUAUAUAUAGUAUUUAAAGGUCGAAUGGCAGGAACUUCAUAGCACCUUGUCAUAACAAUUUUGAAAAGGAAGUUCUUUAUUGAACUUGUUGACCACUGUAAUGAGAUUACCAUUCUUAUUGUGUGUGAUUAGCAAGA